AAGUCCAAAUAAAAUAAAAAAUGAGAAAAUAAUUCAAAUUUGUCUAACAUAUCCUUGCGCCAAAAUGGUUUGAAUUUAUUGAAAACAAUUGAAAUUUUUAUCGAAAUUUGGGCAUCUCUCGAUAAGUUGAUAAGUAAACAGAAGUUAGACACAGAAUAAGUUCUGAGUUCAUUUUUUUUCAAAUAAAAGCCUAAACUUUACGUUCGUUUUUCUUAAUCAUUUAAACAGGAAAUUCGAUAAGAUAUCAGUGUUGUACUGGAAAUGGUUUAGCGGAAAGCAUUCGACAGCGGAAAUAAUUCUUUUUUUUGAGUUUGCGCAACGAAUAUAUACGGUAAUCGAUUUUGUGCCCAAGGUAGACUUUAAUUUACGAAACGAGACAAUGUACAAGUUGCGAAGCCCGAGUUGACCAUGUUCCUUUCCGAUUCCUGAUUGUUUUCAAACAAAUCGUUUCUGUGAUGAAAAUAGGUUGUAGUUAUCGUGAAAAUAAAACCUAAGAGUUACACUAGGUACUUAAUAUGGCAUCGACUAACGAGGACGAUUACAAACCUAAACUCAUUGCCGCCGUCAAAAAAGAAGUGAAGCAAGUGAUGGAAGAAUCGGUCACAAAAAAAUUCGUUCACGAAGAAUCAGGAUCGGUGACGUCGUUAUGUAGCGCAGUCGAGGCAUGUCUUUCUCAAGGUCUUCGCCGUCGUGCGCUUGGCCUAUUCAAAACGUCCUCGACGACAGCCCUUCUACAUAAAAUUGCGAAACAUUGUCCUGAAGCGGAUAUAAUUUCUAAGAAGGUAAUAGAAAUGGAAAAUAGUGACGUCAAUCGGCGAUCGUCUAGCAGUAGCGAUAGCACUACAAAGCCGGUGCUGAAAAAAAACUCCUCUUUACAAAACAUCCCGCUUCCGAAAUACCUAUGGAUUAGGUUGGCUUUGUUUGAGAAACAGCUCGCCAAAAUAAUUGACUAUCUGGUAUCUAACGCGA